CAACAAUCCUGCUGUCAAAUGCAUUAGCAUCGGCAGCGCGGUGUGUUGGCAAAGAAAAUCGCAAACCCUUCUGCAAUCGACGAAAAUCGCGAGUUGAUCAACUAUUUGAAUGAAAGUGUGGCGUUUCAAAGAUAACAGAUCAUGAGCAAUUUACCGAACGUGGCACAGCUAACGCUGGAAGAGAAUCACAGCAACGUGGCCGAAAAUACGGCUGCCUCAGUCGACGAAGAUGUGGUUGAUCCGUGGACUGUAACUAGCACAUCCGAUGCAGGAAUCGAUUACGAUAAGUUGAUAAAACGUUUCGGAUGCUCACAUAUCGAUGCGACCCUGAUUGAGCGGCUGGAAAAGGUCGCAGGAAAACCGGUUCACCAUCUGAUCCGUCGUGGUAUAUUCUUUUCGCACCGUGACCUACACACGUUACUGAAUGCAGUGGAAACGGGCAAAAAGUUUUAUUUGUACACCGGCCGUGGACCGUCGUCCGAUUCCAUGCAUUUAGGUCAUCUGGUGCCAUUUAUCGUGACGAAAUGGCUCCAAGAGGCGUUUGAUGUUCCGUUGGUGAUUCAACUGACCGAUGAUGAGAAAACAUUGUGGAAAGAUUUGACGGUCGAGCAAUCGAUGCGAAUGGCACGAGAGAACGCAAAAGAUAUCAUUGCGAUCGGGUUCGAUCCGAGCAAAACGUUUAUCUUUUCCAACCUCGAGUUUAUGGGUCAAUGUCCAGAGUUCUAUCAGAACAUCAUACGCAUCCAGAAGUGUGUGACAUUUAACCAGGUGAAGGGCAUCUUCGGUUUUGGAGAUUCGGACGUAAUAGGAAAGAUUGGGUUUCCGGCGGCACAAGCCGCUCCUGCAUUCUCUACAACGUUCCCUUUCAUCUUCGGUGUGGAUAAGCUGCCCGUACUGAUUCCCUGUGCAAUCGAUCAAGAUCCUUACUUCCGCAUGACGCGUGACGUAUCGCCAAGGUUAGGCUUCCCGAAACCUGCCCUAAUCCAUUCGAGUUUCUUCCCCGCUUUGCAAGGAGCCCGAACGAAAAUGUCGGCGAGCGAUACGAAUUCGGCCGUUUUCCUUACCGAUACCGCGAAGCAAAUCAAAACGAAGAUCAACAAACAUGCUUUCUCUGGCGGACGGCCAACGCUCGAGGAACACCGGGAGCUUGGUGGUAACACAGACAUUGACGUAAGCUUCCAGCUGCUACGUUUCUUCCUCGAGGAUGAUGCCGAGCUGGAGCGUAUCCGUGUGGCCUACGGAAAGGGGGAACUGCUUAGCGGUGAAAUUAAAAAGAUCGCGAUCGAUACGCUACAACCGAUCGUAACCGAGCAUCAGGACCGACGGAAGGAAGUAACCGAAGAGGUGCUCAAUCUGUUCCUUACACCGAGAAAGCUUAACUACGAUUUCACCGUAAAGGUAUCCGGUGACAGCGCAAACGGUCCCGUCACGGGUGGAAAGAAAAAGGGCAAAGAUAAGAAGGCGCCCAAGCAAAAUUAGCUAACGAUCACGAUACACAGGGCGGUAUCGGGCAAGCAAUUAUCGGUACUUUAGAGGAUUAUGAUAGGCGGCGUUACGUCGCCCAUCCUUCCCACGUUCGGCAACAGUGCUUCGAUUGAAUAUGUUUAAAUCAUCAAUCAUAAACGGACGCAGUGAAUCACCAAUCAGUCGCGAAUUAAUCUUUCAUAGUGGUGGACAUUUAUUUAUUAUAUUUAUAGCCACGUUGUUGCUUAGCUUUUUGCAAGUGAGAAAAAGUUGCACGGCAAUGAAUAAAGUUCAGAUUCGAAAUUAAAGAA